AUGGACGAAACGGGAUUAUACUUCACCAUGUUUCCGGAUCGUACAGGCAAGCGAUUAACAAAACGGUUGACAAUUGCAUUAUGUUGUAAUGCCGAUGGGUCGGAAAAGCUACCACUGUUAUUGAUUGGAAAAGGGGAAAAACCCAGAGGCUUUACAAAUACAACAGCAAAAGAGAUGAAUUACUUGCACACGGCAACAACGUUGAUGACACGCGAGAUCUUUCUUCAGUGGAUCACUAACGUAAAUAUAUACUUCAAAGAACAACAGCGUAAGUGUGUACUUCUUGUCGACAAUGCUGCAGUACAUACCGGGUAUAAUGUCGAGGAACUAACAAACCUAGAAGUCGUACUCUUCCCACCGGGUACACCUCCUCAUUUGCAACCUAUUGCUGCUGGAAUUGUUGCUGCUUUUAAACGACGAUACCGACGACGUCAGAUUCAACAAGUACUGGAUCAACUUGAUGCCGACGCUGACAUGAGUACUGCUGCAAAGUUCGACAGCAUUGGUGUAAAACAAGCAUUGACUUGGUGUACUGAAUCAUGGGAUGCACUACCAUCAACAUUACUAACUAGUUGUUGGUAUGAAACGGGAUUGAUUUUUGCCGACAAUCUUAACUUUGUACACGAAUCUCGCAGUGCUGAAGAGCAUAUUUCAGAAGAACUUGCUGUCAUGUUGUCGUGGUUACAUGCAGUUAAUCCAUUGACAGUAGAUGAGCUAAUUUAUAUGCCUGAAGAGAAUGUGAUUAUGGACGAACCAACAGAUGAAGACUUUUGUGUGCCUCUGGAGACUGUAAAGCUUGUGGUUCCCCAAAUGAAGUCAAAAGCAUUGGACUUGGACGGUGGUUUAAGUGUUGAAGAGCUGAAAGAGCGUCUUAAAUGGAUUGCCAAACUUCUCAUUUAUGCUGAUGAAAAGGGUAUAUCAGCAGACUCCGUGAGUGGAAUGCGCAUUCUCCAACGUGACUUUCGUGAUCAAUUGAACAAAAGAUUCGAAGGUAUAAAUAGUAAUAUUGUUUUAUGA